CACCUAAACGACUCGUCAUUCAAUAUUCCCUCUUGGCAGGCACCUUCAACCCAAUACCCAAUAUGGUUUUCUUGCCUGUCUAUCAACACCAACAUGUCCCUCGUUGACUACUCUGCUUCCAGCUCGGAAAGCGAGCCCGAUCUGAUCCUGGAAAAGGAGAGACCUCAACGAAAGAAAAGAAAGCUUACGGAGCCACAUCACCGCCCUGCAAUCGCCAAAGCACCGCCGCCUCUACCUUUAUCAUUCCACUCCCUUUAUGCAACGGCGACUAGAACAUCCACAUCCGACGAUCCGUCCCUGCAUGCUGGGCGCACUCGCCAGAUCCCUCACGUGAUUGGUCAUUGGCCGACCCAUCUUUAUCUAGAAUGGCAUCCUUCCACUGCACAGGAAUAUGUCCUCCAAGGUCUUGUAGACCGGGCGGCCUCGGCUGUCAAUACUCAUCCAUCCAAGGACCAGGGAGCGAUUCACAGCUUUCUUCGCUCUGACCUUGGAGCACCACUCCCACUCCACAUUAGCUUAUCGGCUCCUAUCGUUCUACACACAGAUCAAAAGUCUCCAUUCCAGGAACUAAUCGAGGCAAAGGUCCAGCAUGCUCAGAUCACCUCUUUCCAAACACAUACACUUGGGCUCAAAUGGGUUUCAAACAAAGACAAAACAAGAUUCUUCUUGGUGCUUAUCUUAAGCAGGCCUGAGAACGACCAACUGAACCUUUUGCUAGAAAAAUGCAAUGCGGUCGCUCGUCAUUUUGGACUAGAACCAUUGUAUCACAUACCACAAACCCACGAUCCAACCAUCAGCCCAAGUCAUCGCGACUCCACUGAUCAAACUGGCUCGUUCCAUAUCAGUAUUGGAUGGACUUUGCGUGAGCCUUCCGAGCAGGAAAAAGUCCAUAUGUCGCAGGCAAUAUGUCCCCGCCUCACAAUAACCUUUUCCCAGCUCAAACUCAAGAUUGGUAACUCCAUCACCGAUAUUCCUCUAUUACCAGGAGAGAAAUCUUGUUGAGACCGGCGGGGAUCCUGAUGCGGCAUCAUUCGUCUCCUGUCCAACCGGUUCUUUCGCAAGGCAGCAAUCCUGCUGUAGACUUCAAGAAGAUGGUUCUAGUCGCUGCCGCUCUGAAAAAUUCUUCUCGCGUUGCUUCUUGCUCUUCAUAGCCAACACCAUUCAUGAUACCACGACUGUAGACCGCGCGGC